AUGGCGGAAGCUGAGCAACAGCAACAUCAACAAGAGUUACAAGAAGAGCACAAAGAAGAGAGUGGCGAGAAGGACGCGGACGUCGUGAAGGGGCCAUGGAGUCCCGAGGAGGACGAGCUGCUCAUGGAGAUCAUCGCCAAGUACGGGCCGCGCAAUUGGUCGCUCAUCGCCCAGGGGCUCAAAGGGCGGUCCGGAAAGAGUUGUCGACUGCGGUGGUGCAAUCAACUGAAUCCCGAAGUCAAUAAAAACCCCUUCACGGACGAAGAAGACAGAAUAAUCGCCUUGGGACACGCCGAGCACGGCAACAAAUGGUCCGUUAUCGCGAAGAGCCUGCGCGGUCGCACGGACAACGCGAUUAAGAACCACUGGAACUCCACGUUGAAGCGGAAAUACCCCGCCAUUCUCGCGGAAAUCAUAAAAAAUAGGUCCGCACGCGUGAUCGACUCUCCUCGCGAUGCCCCAGUCAGCUCUCCCGGAAGCGACGGCCGUGUUUCCCCUUCCCCCUACUACGCCGGUGUCCCACUCUACGCUCCAAUGUACGCUCCCGGAGGCGGCGGCGGCGUGGGAGGCGGCGCGAACUUUUUCUCACACCGUGAGAGUCCGUCUCCGCUUUCGUCGGGUAGCGCGGGCUGCGGAAGCGCGGCGCACUCGCGGCGGAGCAGCAUGGACGGCUGCUCCGCAAGCUCCGCCAAGGCGGAAAACGUGCGCAUGCUCGCGGACGUCCUCCGCCGCCUCGCCACCGCAUCCAGCGGCGGCGGAGCCAGUUCCGCGUGCGCAUCUCCUCCGCCCGCAGCGGGCAUCGCCCCUCCUUCCGCCUCCGCUGUUUCAGCCGCGCGCCUAGCGUUUCCGCGCAGCGGAAGUCUCGACUCUCCCGUUCUUCGCCCAUCGCUGCGGGACCCCACUCCACUCGUUCCUUCCGCCAUGGGGGCAUGCGGGGGAACGUUCGGCGGCGGAUGGGGCGGCGGAGCGCCGGCGGUGGGGGAAUAUGACCUGGAGUAUCUUCAGGCCACGAAGCGGCUGCGCUUUGGCGGGGGGGACAUAGCAUGCGCGGAGCUCGGCGGAAUGUCUGGCGGCGGGUUGAGGGGAACCGCAGGGUUGGGCGGAAGCGGAUACAGCAGCGCCGCCGCCAACCUGGGGAAUUUUGGGGGGUCGCUUCUCGGAAACUCCCUGCUUGGGCGAACGUCAAGCGGAGGAGCCGGGGCACUCGGGGGAGGCGCACUCGGGGGAGGGGCGCUUGGGGGAGGCGCAUUCGGGGGAGGCGCAUUCGGGGGAGGCUUCUAUGGCGGGAGCGGCGAGAACUACCUUUCCGCGGGCUCUUUCUCCCCCCUUGGCGGAGGUACGGCGGGGAAUUCGGGUUACCGCGGUUCCCCCUCCCCCCAUGGCGUCAUGCGCUUCCCCUCCAGUGUGCGGAGCUCCAUGGGUGGAGGGGAUUCCCCCUCCUCCCUCGCUGCUGCUAUGGCUGCCGCUGCUGCAGCGGGAUUCGCUCCGCCCUUUGGUGGGGGAAGUUUCGCUGGGGGAAGCUCGAAUCCGCCGUUUUCCCCUGCGGGGAACGCUCAGCCUUUCCCCUCACCACACUCCGCCUCCCCCCUCAUGCCGCCUCCUGUUGCUUCCCCUCUGCCCCCCCCUCCGCUCUCCCCCCUGGCAGCAGCCGCCUUCCCCUCUCUCCACUUUCGCCUCACCUCUUCCCUCUUCUCCCACCCCCCUGCUCAUGGUGCUCCCGGAAACAUCAACAGCUGUUGA